AUGAGUACCUCGCAGGAAAUUCAGGAUUCUUUCGACGAGAGUUUGGAUUUAAACUCUCAAGGUCGAAAUUCUUGCGCGUUAAAAAGACAUCUGGAGAGUAAUUCGCCUGGUUCUCACAAGAAGUCAUACUGUGUCAAAAGGGCAUGUAAUGGCAUAGCCCCAGGGCCAUCUUCUGAAGCGGAGUCAAGUCCACUAGCUAAAUUCAGUGGGUUCCUCACCGCUGGAUCAAAUCGUGAAAUCAAAGUCAGUGAAACAGCCCUCGUUUUGGCCCGGGCUCGUCUCCGUUCGUCAGUAGAAGACACAUGCAUUGAAGAAAAAGUCUUGGAUAGUGCAUCAAGCGCUCCCGCCCAGCACUUAGGCUUCGUAACCGCAGGAUCAAAUAAGGCAAUUCACGUGUCGGAAGCUGCUUUGGAAUUAGCGAGACGUCGUUUAGAUUCUGUUCCUGACGUGCAACUUCCAACUUCCGGACGGGUGGCGGACGAGGAGAACCUUGAUCCUUCUGUAGGAACAUUAUUGCGGAGAAAUUCCACAUACAAAAGUUUUAGAGCAGUCAUGCUAUCUGGUACGCCAACAACGACUAGAAAUCCAAAGAAUCUCAUCAACACUAGUUCUUCAACGCCAAAUAUGGUUAAACCGAAUGCUGGAACUACUACGAGCGUACCGCCACUUGCUGGAGUUAGUUGUGCUGCUCUGUCUGCGUUUUCCUGUCGAGUCACAUGCGUUCGUGAUCUAUCGAAUCUGAUGUCACCUUCUGUUGAUUUCCUUGGUAUUGUUAUAAAAGGAGGAGGUCCUGGUGAGCACAGCUCUGAAGGGGUGUCCGUUAUCGAAUUGGGAGACCGCUAUGGUGAAUCAGUGUCCGUUGAAUUAAUAUCGAGUUCGAUUCCUCCGAGCAUUUCAAGAGGCUCUGUUAUUUCUAUAGCAGGGGCUUUGGUUAAGCGAGUUGAAGGGGCAAUAUCACUCGUAUCAAAUGAUUCAUCAUUCGUAGAUUUCGAACCGAUUGAUCCUGAAGCACAGUGCCUUCAUCGGUUGUUCGAAACCGGAUUGUUUAAUGAGCCACCGGCCGAAGACUUGUUCUUUGACAGUACUUCUUUGCGCAUGAUUGGUCGUCUUAACGAGUACCCAGGAGAAACAUCGACAAUUAUGGCAAGGAUUCUCGGCAUAAAUUUGGACAAACUUGUCUACUUAGGAUGCACUGUCUGUAAAUCAUCGGUUAGCCCAAAUCCGAAAGGAGCCAUUGACUGCCAGCAUUGCCGCAACAGAAAAGCUCGAUAUUUCUACUCGCUUAGUGUAGAACUGGCUGACUUCAGCGGCAUAAUUGAUGUAAUAUUGUCCACCGAUGCAGCCGAAAAAUUGGUUGGCCGUCCUGCUGGUGCAAUGGUGAGGCUGAAUAAACAGUCACUGCAAUCAACGUUAGCCUCGCUCUGUUACCGCCCCAUGCUGUUCCGCAUAUCGAUGCAAAAUUCGAAAUGGUUUGUCGAUGAAUGGAUACACUUGGAUAUUCCGAAGUUUAAGCCUUAUCUAAAGAAAAUAGCAGAGAGCAAAGGUUACAAAUAA